AUGGAAUACUUCAAGUUCAAAAAGGGCAGUGACUCUACCAGCAAUGCAUGCAUCGCAUUGCUAGUUGUAGCAGUACUGGUAGCCACAGCAACCUUUCAAGUUGGGCUUAGCCCUCCAAAUGUCGCAUUUGUCAUGUUUGUGGCUUUCAACUCAAUCGGGUUUUUGGUUUCUGUUUACAUGAUCAAUGUCCUCACUUGCAAUUUCCCUUUGCAGUGGGAGCUUCAAAUCUGCAUUAUUGCAAUGUACUGCAAUUACACAACUGCAAUGACCAUCAUUGCACCAGAUAACACAAAGGCCGUCCUCAUUGUGUUUGUGUUUACAUCAGUUUUGCCUGGUUUUGUAUCAGAGAACCUCUAG